AGCAUGAGAUGACGAGUCAAUAGAUCGAUCUUUUCCACACUGCUGGUACCCGCUGCGUUUUAGACUUUGCUAAAAAAUGGUUAAAAGUUUCAUUCACUGAUAACAUUUUUCAAAGUUUUACCGUGUUGCUAUUGAAGUUCUUGUCUACUUUGAAGUGGCAUUUUUGUGGUCCCGUAAAGAGCUUUAGAAAUGCUAAGCUUUCGAAGGAAAAUAGCAGUUUUUGUUGCUACGAUUGCUGUGUGUUUUGCGAAACCGUCAUUUGAGAAACUGCACCCAAAUAGAGACGAAAUAUUUCAGAUCAAAACUAUGAGUUCCAAAGCAUCGGGUGUUGGAAAGACUCUCUUGAUCAUAAAGCACUGCUUCCUCUUGAGAAGAAACAUCCUCUUCUCAUGGACGGACACGGCGAGGCUCGAACAAACGCACUCAUGAAGUGCGCUGAAGCUGCGUUAGACAUGAAAAUGAAAAUCUUCGCCCUUCAAAAUGGCGGGGAGUGCAUGGCCGAAGAAGAUGGGGAAAGGAAGUAUGACCAUUUCGGCAUGUCUAACUUGUGUCAUGGUGAUGGUCUUGGUGGACCUUACGUCAACGAGGUUUACAGGUUCCUAGGCAAUAAUGUUGUCUCUCGCGAUGGUUUCUAUUCUGAUUGGGGAGAUUGGGCACCCUGUAGCGUAACCUGCGGUGAGGGGGUUGAGACGAGAAUAAGGACAUGUACCAACCCAGAACCGUCUGGAGGAGGUAAAGAUUGCUCGAAGUUUGGACCAGCGUCCGAAUCACGAAAAUGCGUAUCAAACUGUUAAAUGAGAAAAUUGAUUUUCUCGUACUGUUUUGUUCCAUCUCAAUGGCGCCAAGGAAAUUUGUCAAAUAUAAUUGGUAAAAUAAACAAAAAUCGAACAAUUUUGUUGUAAAUUAAUACUCGUAAUAUACAAUUAACAUGCAUUUCAAUGUAAAUUAAUUAAUCUCGUUAACGAUUCAUUAACAAUUCGAGCGUCAUAUCACCA